AACCUGUAUUUUUAUGUUUAGAUGUAUCAAAUAAUGGAAUAAAGGAAACAGUAGAGAAUAAACCUGUAUUUGAUCCUGACUUUCACACUGAGCUAAUUAUCAAAGAUGAAUUCGAGGAUUUAGAUUCAGGAGAACACAUGGAUCAGAAAUUUGAUUUUCUGCAAUCUGAACCAAAGAAAUUCAAGAGAGAUAAUGAUGGAUAUCCAUGUAAUGAUUGUGAGUACGUAUCUUCAAGAGCUGAUAAUUUGAAGAGACAUGUUGAAAGUAAACAUGACGGAGUGAAGUAUCCUUGCUCUUACUGUGAGUAUGCUGCCACUUCGGCAAGUCAUCUAAAGAGACAUGUUAAAAGUAAACACAAAGUAGUGAGAUAUCCAUGUGCUCAUUGUGAAUAUGCCGCUACUUCAGCAAGUAACCUGAAGAUUCAUGUUGAAAAUAAACAUAAAGGAGUAAGAUAUCCUUGCUCUUACUGUGAGUAUGCUGCAACUACGGCAGGUCAUCUUAAGAGACAUGUUAAAAAUAAACACGAAGGAGUAAGAUAUCCUUGCUCUCAAUGUGAGUAUGCCGCAACUACAGCAAGUCACCUGAAGAGACAUGUUGAAAAUAAACAUGUAGGAGUGAGAUAUCCUUGUUCUAAAUGUAAAUAUGCCGCUACUACAGCAAGUAGCCUGAAGAGACAUGUUGAAAAUAAACAUGAAGGAGUGAGAUAUCCUUGUUCUCAAUGUGAAUAUGCCGCUACUACAGCAAGUUACCUGAAGACACAUGUUGAAAAUAAACAUGAAGGAGUGAGAUAUCCUUGUUCUCAAUGUGAGUAUGUUGCAACUCAACAAAGUAACCUGAAAAUUCAUGUUGAAACUAAACAUGAAGCAGUAAGAUAUCCUUGUCCUGAAUGUAAAUAUGCUGCAACUCAGAAAGGAGCUCUGAAAAAACAUUUAGAAAAUAAACAUAUUUGAGUUCAGAUAUCUUUAUUCUGAUAAUACUGGCAAGGAAUUGCAUACAAAUUUACCAUGACUGGGGGCUAUCAAACUUUAAUUUUUUUUUGGUUUUGAAUUUGUGGAAACUUAUGUCACAUAAU